GGAAAAUCGUCUUCCGUCAUCUUUUCGGAAAUUCCAUUCAACUUCAAAACAUAAACAUCUCGUCCUGCGUCCUGUGAUGUGCGAGUGAGUUUUUCUCUACGUUUUAUUAAUGCCUGACUAACGUAAACUAGAAUUAGAAGAAUGAAUAAUAAAACACUGUCAUCACACCUAGAUCUAGAAGGUAAAGCAUCCACAGAAAAUGUUUACUUAAAUAUAACUCCCUCCGCUUAUGAUGAUCAAUAUUGUUUUGAGUUCAGUCGAAGGGGCAUAGCAGUGAUAAUCAUCAAUGAUAAAUUUCAAGGACAAAACAGAUAUGGGUGUGAUAAGGAUCUUCAGUUUUUACAAGAAUUGUUUUCAAAGUUUGGCUUUGAAAUUCGUACUUUCUAUGAUAAAACAGGGCAGGAAUUGUUGACAGAACUGAAACACAUUUCUACCGAAGAUCAUUCCUCAUAUGAUUGCUUUGUUCUGGCCAUUUCAACACAUGGUGAAGAAGCACAGCAUGAUAAUACCAGGGAAGAUGUCAUUUUUACUAGUGAUGUUAGGGUUAAAACUAGACUUAUUCUUGAAUUGUUUGAUGAUGAAAACUGUCCAACUCUCAAGGAUAAGCCAAGACUAGUUUUCAUUCAGGCUUGCCGUGGAUCUAAACUUGAUGAUGGAGUUGAUGUGCAGUGUACAAUAGAGCCAUCCUCAGAGUUGAGUGAAGAUGUACCAGAUAAACAGUUGGGCUUCUUAUCUGUUUCAUCCAGUCACAUCUCUCAACCCAGUGACAGCCUUGAUGCCUUGCCAUACGGGCCUACAAAAUAUUUGCAGCCUGAAAUCAAAACAAGUGUAAUGCAGUUUGGUUUAAAACAAAGCACACACCAUCAACAGCCUUCCCCACAAAUUUCAAAUAAAUUAUCAAACACUGUAACAGAAAGCAGGUGGAAGGCAGCAAGUGAACAGACUGAGGUUUGCAUAAAACCAGUACCUUGCUUCAAAGACUGUCUAGUAAUGUAUGCAACACCCCCAGGAUUUUUUGCGUUCCGAAGAACUACUGAUGGAUCAUGGUUUAUAAAAUGCUUAGCUGAAGUUUUGCUUAAAUCUGAUGGCAGCAGAACAUUGCUACAAGAGUUGACAAAGGUUAUAAGUAAAGUUUCCCAAGACUUUCAAUCCAAGAAUAGAAAUGAAAAACUUGAUGCAAAGAAACAGUCACCUGUUAUCUAUUCAAUGCUGACUAAAGAUGUUUACCUAAAGCCAAAGUUCUAACUUUAUUUAAAUAAUUAUUUCCUUUGAAAUUGUACCACAACUUUUUAUGGUAACUGACAAGUGUAAAACUUGAUGAAACAACAUUUGAUUUUAUUGCUGGAAUAAACCAUUGAUUUUUAGCUAAUUAACAGCUGAUUAUAUUUUUUUAGCAUCAUCAUUAUCACACUUUUAAAUUAACUGUUCAUAUUUUAGGUGUAAUUUGAUAACAGCAAAUUAUUUUUUUAGCAUCAAUUGGUUUUUACACUUUUAAAUUAAAUUAACAGUUCAGAUUUAUAGGAGUAUGAAAUAAUUAUUUUACCUGUGCUUUUUUUUUUAAAUUUAAUUAGUGCAUACAGUAAUAACCAAAUAGAUUAGAUAAAUACAAAUUAAAUUUAUUAAAAUGAUGAAUUACUAAAAUACCUUUUAAAACCUUGGCAUAGGAAACUUUUUAAUAUUGCAUUUAUAAAACAACUAAUAAAGAAUUUAGCAGUAAAAUUGUCAGUUAUUGUUUAAAAAUUAAGUGAAAUCCAUCUUUUCUAUAGGCCUAUACUUAAAUGUAGCUUAUUUAUUCAUAAAUUAACAUUGUAAAAUAUAUUUGAAUGUUCUGCCUUUUUUAUUCAGAUUUUUAUUUGAAUUAAGAUGUUUCGUAGCAGUAAAAAUACAAAUUAUUUAUAUCUACUAGCUUUAAAGACAUUUAGUUUAUUUACAAUUAACUUGUCAAAGAAACUAAUUAUGUUGAUAGCUUAGGAACAAAGUGUUUGUAUAAUUUGCUUCAUUAACUGAAUGUUGUUCCAAUUUAGAUAUUAUUUAUGUUUAAGUUGUUGGUUGUGCUAUUAAUGCAUUCUGUUUUUAUUAAAAAAUUGAUAUUUAUUACAAGUAUUAGACUGAAAAUGUUCAGUGUGAGUGAUUGGACUGAAAUUGAUUUGUUGGUCACAUAUGUUUAGGCUUUUGAAGUACAGUCCUAUUGUAUUUUAUCUUCUUUCUGAAAAGUAAGGUGUUUAAUAUAGUUUAAAAUUUUACCAGUUUAAAAUCGAAUUCUUGUACAAAAAUUUGAUUGUGGCAAAAUUGUGGGUCUUAUAGCAAUAAUCAAUUUUUUUUUACAAAUAUACAUGGUACAUGAUGGAGAACAAUACCUUGUAUUUCUUCAUAUUUUGCAUUUAUAAUAGUUGAUAUGAAAACAAAAUAUAACUUUUAUACAUUUUUAAUGAUAAAAUAAAGUUUUAGAAAAAAAUAUACAUAUGCAUUAAUUUGUUAAUUUUGUUUUUUAAUGUUUAUAAAAAUAAAUAAUUGUUAGAAUCU